UACAGUAAAAAGACGAAAUAAUAAUUUUACUAAGUUUAGCGGGCCUUCACCGGCAUAAUAUGACCUUCAUAUCAAUAAAACCCGCUAUUCGUAAAAUAUAAAAGGCAAAAAAGAAACCGGUUCUUCUACCGAGUUAUAAUAUAAUAGAUCUAGAUUCUAGUAACAGUAACAACUAAAGUUAAAGGAAAGGUUCUAGCAACAUGAGUUUUGAUGACAUUCUUCACUACAUUGGAGCAUGUGGACUUUACCAGAAGAGGGUUUACUUUUUACUCUGCUUGUUCAGUGUCUUUCAUGGUAUGAGGAUGGUGGUGAUGGUGUUUUUGCUUUAUAUUCCCAAACACAGGUGUGAAAUCCCCGGCUAUCAAAAUGACACCUUUGACGUGACAUCGGUUGAUCAUCAGGCUGUCUUGAACAUGUCGAUGCCACUUAGUGAUAGUGACUCGUGUUUUGUGUAUUUACCUGAUAACUACACAUACGAUGAUCAUAAUCAGCCUGUUAAUGCUACCAGAAUUAAAUGUAGCAAAUGGGUCUAUGACCAGUCAGUGUUUUUUUCUACAGUUGCUAGUCAGUUCAACCUUGUAUGUGAUGACUCUCCUCAAACCUCUUUGACCACAAUGAUAUUCUAUAGUGGAUUCCUAGCUGGCACAUUUGUACUGGGCACAGCAUCAGACAUUCUGGGCCGCAAGGUCUGCUUGUACGUCUCUCUGACGCUUGUUACCAUCAUGGGGACUGGCCUCAUUUUUAGUAACAGUUUUAUAACAUUCACAAUCCUAAAUUUCUUUGUAGGCCUGGCCACACAAGGGAUUUAUCCAUCUGCCUAUGUGAUAGGUAUUGAGCUAGUUGGGUUAUCUAAAAGAACAAAUGCAGGGAUGAUAACUCAGUUGGCCUUCUCCACUGGAGUUGUCUCCCUGGCUGGUCUAGCUUUCUUGAUCAGGGACUGGCAGUAUCUGCUGGUGGCUAUCACAGCACCUCUUAUCAUCUUUUAUUUCAUGUGGUGCUUUAUACCUGAAUCACCAAGAUGGCAGAUCCAAAAGGGACACUACUCUAAAGCUCGCAAGACAGUGUUAAAAGCAGCCAGAGUAAACAAGAAAGAAGUGCCAGACUCUGUAUUGAAUGCCAUUUUACCCCACAAAGAUUGUGAAAAAGAGUUCAUGCUUGCUAAAGACACUGUUGAUAAUGGAGGGAAUGUUAAGGAUAAAAGUAAUGAAAACUCCAAGGGUCGUUUAACUGACCUUUUCAAAAGUAGAGUUUUAUUUACAAGAUCAAUUAUUAUUUUCUUUAAUUGGUUUGUGAUCAGCUUGACCUUCUAUGGCCUGAACUUCAACACCAGGAACCUGGGGACAGGCUCCAUCUUUCUCAACCUGUUCCUGGCUGGCCUGGUGGAGUUCCCAGCCCACCUCUUCACGUUGUUCACUGUUGACAGGCUGGGUCGUAAAGUUGUCCACUGUCUAAUGCUGUCCACCAGUGGUGUGGCCUGUCUCAGCUGUGUUGUCACAACUGUCUUUGUCUCUGCUGAUUAUCAAUGGAUCACCACAACCCUGGCUAUGAUAGGCAAGUUUGGUGCUGCUGGAUGUUUUGGUGUGUUGUUUAUGUACUCAUCUGAAGUUUUCCCCACCGUCAUCAGGAAUUCUGCGCUUGGGAUUAGCGCUACCUGGUCGAGGAUUGGGACAAUAUUGGCCCCAUUUAUAGCAGCACAGGGUGUAGAGUCAAGUGGGGGACUUGGCACCAGUCUGCCUCUACUAAUCUGUGGCUGUCUCAUUAUUUGUGCUGUCAUGCUGAAUUGUUUGCUGCCAGAGACUCUCAACAAAAAGUUACCAGAGACACUUCAAGAUGCCCAGUCUUUCACUAAUGGCUCUUCUUCCAAAAAAGCAGACCCAAGUAAUGGUGAUCAAGUAGUGCUUGAUGUGAAUAAAAAGCUGUUGGUGGCAGAUAGAAUAACAUCAUGUUAAAAUUGUUUUUAUCAUUUGACUCUGGUACAGCAAUAAUACAACAGGGAUUCUUCCAUUGCUCAAUAAGUGCUUUAAAAAAUGUUAGUGUAAAACUGUG